UUGUGGCUGCGAGCUUUUCCCGAAGACCGACCAAGUAGAUCGUAUUCAUUAUUGGAGUUCCAGUAUUUCAAGACGAAGGACAGAAGGAGUGAGUGACCCAGUGGGCUGGUUGGCGUGAGGGGAGAGCAUCAGCCAUGGGUGAAAUUGAGGGCUCCUACAGGGCCAUACAGACCCCUGGCACCCGGCUGGGGGCCCAGUUCAACGCUGGGAUCAGUACCUUGGAGCCGGGCCAGAGCCUCAGUGAUGCAUUGGGAACAGGGGGUAAGGGCCAAGGCAGGGGACUACAGCUCAGGGUCCAGGGCCUGGACGACUCCCAGGAGUUCUACGACUUGGAGUCCAGAGCUAACGGACAGACUCUUCUCGCCGACGUGUUCCGGAGGAGCAACCUAAUGGAGAGCGAUUACUUUGGCCUGGAGUUCCAGAACAUGCAGAUGAACUGGGUUUGGUUGGAACCCACGAAGCUCGUAGUGAACCAAGUGAAGAGACCCAUGAACACCCUCUUCAGGCUUUCAGUGAAGUUCUUUCCCCCAGACCCUGGUCAGCUACAGGAAGAGUACACUAGGUACCUGUUGUCCCUCCAGAUGAAGAGAGAUCUGAUAGAUGGCAGGUUGAGCUGUACAGAGAACACUGCUGCCCUGUUGGCCUCACACCUCCUUCAAUCGGAGAUAGGGGACUAUGACGACGUGGCAGACAGGGACUUCCUGAAGCUGAACAAGCUGCUGCCCAAUCAGGAGAGGAUACAGGAGAGGAUCAUUGAACUGCACCGUAGACACCUCGGGCAGACUCCAGCCGACUCAGACUUCCAGGUUCUGGAGAUCGCCCGUAAACUGGAGAUGUACGGCGUCCGGUUCCACCCUGCAGCCGACCGUGAGGGAACUAAGAUCAACCUGUCCGUGGCUCACAUAGGCCUGCAGGUCUUCCAGGGUAACACUAAAAUAAACACCUUCAAUUGGUCCAAGAUCCGCAAGCUGAGCUUCAAGAGGAAACGCUUCCUGAUCAAGCUAUACCCAGAGGUUCAUGGUCCUCAUCAGGAUACCUUGGAGUUCCAGAUGGCCAGUCGGGACCAGUGUAAGGUGUUCUGGAAGAACUGUGUGGAACACCACUCAUUCUUCCGCCUCUUGGAUCAGCCGCAGCCCAAGUCCAAAGCCCUUUUCUUUAGCAGGGGAUCCUCGUUCAGAUACAGUGGGAGGACCCAGAAGCAACUAGUGGAGUAUGUCAAAGACAGCGGAGCAAGGAGGACACCAUAUCAGAGGAGGAACAGUAAGGUGAGGAUGUCAGCUCGAUCCCUUGCCCACGAUGUGCCAAAACAGACGUUGUCAUUCAAUGACAGCCUGCGGGCGCCAGGUUCCCCGUCCUCUGCGACCGAGUCCUUCCACUCCAUGCAAGUCUUCAGCUCCCACCCAUGUCCGGAGCCCCAAACUCAGUCUCCACAGCUUCCUCCCCAGAGCCAGGCCCAGUCUCCACAGCCUCCUCCCCAGCAGCAACAGACCCAGCUCCUGCCGCCACAGCUGGCCAGCCCCCCAGCGAAGGAGGACCCCCACAAGGCCACCGGCGUCCCCCCAUGUCACCACGCCUUCUCACAAGGGUCCUCUAUGGACAGCCCCCAGCUCUCCCCGUUCAACUCCAAGAGCUCUCCCUUCUGCCUGUCCCCCUCCUUCCAGAUGUCUACGCUGAGUCUCCCGGGGGCGGGCCAGGCCCCCUCGCCCCUACAGAGCCCCAUCCUGACUGAGGUGGGCACCAACGGGCUGGAGGAGGAGGAGGAAGGCAGGAGGAAGCGAUAUCCCACCGAUAAGGCCUACUUCAUUGCCAAAGAGAUUUUAACCACAGAGAGGACCUACCUGAAAGACCUAGAGGUCAUCACAGUGUGGUUCCGCAGUGCUGUGAUCAAAGAGAAUGCCGUGCCAGAGGGUCUGAUGUCGCUGCUGUUCUCCAACAUCGACCCCAUUUACGAGUUCCACCGGGGAUUCCUCAAGGAGAUAGACCAGAGACUAGCUUUAUGGGAGGGGCGCUCUAACGCUCAUGUGAAGGGAGACUACCAGCGGAUUGGAGACGUCAUGCUGAGGAACAUGUGUACUCUCAAGGAGUUCACCAGCUACCUGCAGAAACACGACGAGGUGCUGACCGAGCUGGAGAAGGCCACCAAGCGUCUGAAGAAGCUGGAGACUGUCUAUAAGGAGUUUGAGCUUCAGAAGGUGUGUUACCUGCCUCUGAACACGUUCUUCCUGAAGCCCAUCCAGCGCCUCAUGCACUACAAACUGAUCCUGGAGAGACUGUGUAAACACUACGCCCCAGACCACCCCGACCACAACAACUGCAGAGAGGCCCUGAAGGAGGUGGCAGAAAUGACCACUCAGCUCCAGAGUAGUUUAAUCCGCCUGGAGAACUUCCAGAAGCUGUCUGAGCUCCAGAGAGACCUGAUUGGCAUCGAGAACCUCACUGCACCCGGCAGGGAGUUCAUUCGGGAGGGCUGUCUUUACAAGCUGACCAAAAAAGGGCUGCAGCAAAGGAUGUUUUUCCUGUUCUCUGACCAGCUGCUAUACACCAGUAAAGGAGUGACAGCCACCAACCAGUUCAAGGUCCAUGGCCAGCUGCCUCUGCACGGCAUGAUCCUGAUAGUUUUGGAUGCUCCGGUGGAGGAGAGUGAGAAUGAGUGGUCCGUCCCCCACUGCUUCACCAUCUACUCUGCCCAGAGGACCAUUGUGGUGGCAGCCAGCUCGAAGGUGGAGAUAGGGAAGUGGAUAGAGGAUCUCAACAUGGCGAUAGAGAUUGCCAAAAAGUCUCAGGAGAAAUCAGACCUCUUCCUGGACCCAGGCCUGUGUGAUCGCUCCAACAGGUCGUCGGAUGAGGUUUCUCUGGAGCAGGAGUCAGAGGAUGACAUGUCGUCGUCCCGUAACUCUCUGGAUAAGCAGACCCAUCACCGUGCCAACAGCACCAUGCAUGUCUGCUGGCAUCGCAACACCAGCGUGUCCAUGUCAGACCACAGCUUGGCUGUGGAGAACCAGCUCUCAGGUUACCUCCUACGGAAAUUCAAGAACAGCAACGGCUGGCAGAAGCUCUGGGUGGUCUUCACCAACUUCUGUCUGUUCUUUUACAAGACUCACCAGGAUGAUUUCCCUCUGGCCAGCCUCCCGUUGCUAGGAUACACUGUGAGCACUCCGGGAGAGUCAGACAGCAUCCACAAGGAAUACGUCUUCAAACUGCAGUUCAAGUCCCACGUCUACUUCUUCCGGGCGGAGAGCGAAUACACGUUUGAGAGAUGGAUGGAGGUGAUUAAGAGUGCGGCCAGUGCUACAGGCAGGAUGAGUCUCCUCAUACCUAAAGGUCCCCUGGAGAUGAAUGGGAACUAACUGCGCUCCUUAUUGAUCUGAUCUACUGCGGCUUAGGAGCUUCUAUCUAAUCUGCGUUCCAAAUGGAACCCUAUUCCCUAUAUAGUGCACUACUUUUGACUAGAGCCCUCGUCCCAAAUGGCAACCUAGGAUGCCAUUUGGGACACAGUCCGAGAGAGCAAGGGGCUGGGCCCUAUAGACUCUUGAGACAAUACUGUAUAAUACACCCCCCUCUCUCUCUCUCUCCGGUUCUCAUUGGCAUCAUGUUAAAGUGACACGCAUGUCUUGGAUUUAUUUGGCAGACAAGGGCUCAGUGAGCGACUGGAAGUUAUACUUUUUUUCUUCAUAUUAGUUCUCUCCUUCUGGAAUUGUCAACAAUUUGUAAUGUGAGAAUCUGUUUUUUUUUUUAAAUCAGCGGUGAACAGAAUAACAUUAUUAUUGCAGUAAUUGGAUACGUGGUUCAAGAGAGAAGGAUAUAUACAGUGCUAUCAUGAUAAACAAGUAUGCUUGAGGACAUUCUGUCAAUGAUAAGUGUAAACCCUCAGCCGACUGAGUAAUGGAACUAAUGCGGGGACCAACUCAUAACCUUCUCAUGGCGGCCAGUGUAAAACAACAGGCUUGGUUUCCCAGACUCAGAUUAAACCUAGGCCUGGAUUAAAAAGCAUUUUAGAUGGACAAUCUGCUUUUGAAAGGGACUAGACUUAAUCUGUGUCCGGAAAACCGUCUCAUACCGAUUUUUAUCUAUCAGGUUUAUGUUCUAGAGAAGCUUAUACAGCGUUAGUCUAAAGACCUGUUGUUUCCUUAAGCGAGUGAAAGCGUUCUGCGGACGGUCGGUGCCGAGUUUGUAUCGUGUCUCUCUACACGAAGAUACAGGUGUAGAAAUGAACUUGUAGGUGGAGGAGGGCAGGUUUUUUUUUUAUAUAUAUGUAGGUGCGGAGCUUGCAGGAUGGAUUGACUAGGGACUGGGAAGGGUAACUAGCUGGAGACAGCCCCCAGAUACUUUCUUUCUACCAGAUUUAAAAUGGCUAGGGUUGAGGUAGCUCUGGUCCAGGGUGUUAUUUCUUCCACUAAGGAAUUAGUGGAGGAAUUAAUGCCCUGGACCAGAGCUAGGGUUCAGCGGGAGAGGUACCCAGUGAAUGAUGUCCUUUUUUAAAUCAUUGAAAAAAGGCAGAUAGUAUUGUAUGUUGAAAUGAGUUAGAAACACAAGCAGUCAAUCUCAUUUUAGGUAACUUGUGUAAUGGACUUGAUGGAGGCAUUCUUCGGUUCUUUGAGAUGUUCAGUAGUUUCUCAUUUGCUCUGUUGUCACACUGAGGUAUUAACGGCCGUGGAGUUAAAUAAAAAUGGAACAACACAUACAUUCUGUAAGGUACUUUUUCCAUUGAAGUGUUUCAAGGGGUUAAUAUUCCUGUUUAAUAAAUGUAAAAGUACUUUGUGGCCCAGGAGAAAAGCCUUGUUAAUUUAAGUUUUCCUGUACUAUCAAUAUGUAGUCAUAUUUUUAUUUUCAUACAUUGACAAUAGUCCCAACUAGUUCUGGCUCUCUCAUAAACCUCAACAUUGUUAAAGUCCAACAUACUUAGCGUUUAAGUGUUGUGUUAUUGACUUAUUAUUGGUAAUAGUGUUGGCCCGGUUCUACUGUUGUUGUGUUGUCUGGUUUCCUAGUUUAAGGACAGAACGAAGUCGGGAAGGAGGGCGCUACAUUUGAACGGUGUUUUGCUUGGCUUGCUGGGAUUGCACAGUUACUACCAUGUGUUCUGGAUGAUAGUUAUUUUAGCGUUUUUUUUUGUUGUUCAUUUA